CUUCCCGUAUGUUUCAGAUCCAAUGGCUGUCCCACCGUCGUACAGUGACUUGGGAAAGUGUGCCAGGGAUGUUUUUAACAAGGGAUAUGGAUUUGGAAUGGUCAAAUUAGAGUUGAAGACCAAGUCGUCCAGUGGGGUGUUGGAGUUCACCGCAACUGGUUCUUCCAACAUGGACACAGGCAAGGCUUCAGGCAGUCUAGAGACCAAAUACAAGGUCAAAGACCAGGGGCUGACAUUCGUCCAGAAGUGGAACACAGAUAACACACUGGGAACAGAAAUUUCUGUUGAGAAUCAGUUGGCUGCAGGGUUGAAGCUGGCUAUUGACACUACAUUUGUACCAAACACAGGGAAGAAGACUGGAAAGUUGAAGACCUCCUACAAAAGAGAUUAUAUACAUGUAGGCUGCAAUGUAGACAUUGAUCUCUCUGGACCAACCCUUUAUGGCUGGGCCGUGUUGGGCUUUGAAGGCUGGCUUGCUGGCUACCAGAUGGCUUUUGAUACAGCCAAGUAUAAGACUACACAAAAUAAUUUUGCCUUGGGAUAUAAGGCAGGAGACUUUCAGCUGCACACUAAUGUGAAUGAUGGCACUGAGUUUGGUGGGUCUAUUUAUCAGAAGGUUAAUGAUAAAGUGGAGACAUCAGUCAAUCUUGCAUGGACUGCUGGCAGUAACAACACACGUUUUGGUAUUGCUGCAAAGUACCAAAUGGAUGAGAAGACUUCUGUUGUGGCUAAAGUCAACAAUGCCAGCCUCAUUGGAAUUGGUUAUACUCAGACCCUCCGACCUGGUGUAAAGCUGACCCUCUCAGGCUUGAUUGACGGCAAGAAUUUCAGUGCUGGAGGUCACAAAAUUGGGCUGGGAUUUGAGCUGGAAGCUUAACACAGCUUUAAGUAAAACAACUGGUGGUGCUCUGGAAGAUGAAGGAAAAGUGCACCCAGUGCAUUUCAGCCUUAAUAUUACUCUGAAAUUUGAAGAAGUGUGAACUUUCUACUCUUCCCAAGAAUGACUUUAACCCAAUGCUGAAGUCCAGAGUGUGCCAGCACAACAAAGGAAGACACUUGAAGGCAUGCAUGGAAGUUGUGAUGUUUGUGCCACAUUUCAGUUUCCUGUAUUUUAAAUCUGUUCCAAAAAAAAAAAAAAACCA